GCUUUCUCUUGAGCCGUCGCGAGGCCUGGGAAGUCAGAGGAACCGGGUGAAGAGCGAUGAACUCUCUAGAACAAGCCGAAGAUCUGAAGGCUUUCGAGAGGAGACUAACAGAGUAUGUGUCCUGUCUGCAGCCAGCUACAGGCCGGUGGCGAAUGAUUUUGAUCGUGGUGUCAGUUUGCACAGCGACCGGAGCUUGGAACUGGUUAAUAGACCCAGACACUCAAAAGGUGUCUUUCUUUUCGUCGUUAUGGAAUCAUCCUUUUUUCACUAUUAGCUGCAUCACUCUCAUCGGCUUGUUCUUCGCUGGAAUACACAAACGCGUCGUCGCACCAUCGAUUAUUGCUGCACGCUGCCGGACAGUGCUAGCAGAAUACAACAUGUCCUGUGAUGAUACGGGGAAACUUAUCCUAAAGCCGCGGCCUCACAUCCAGUAGCUGAUCUGGAGCUGAAUGUUUUUUGUUUUUUUCCAGUCCGGUUUUGUUUGAAGAAUAUGACUGAUGCAGUUUUAAAAGCCUCCCGUAGACAUACACAUACACACACAGAGUUUUACUUUACACCGUACAUUAAGUGACUGUAUUUCUAAUGCUGUUCUUUUAUUGUGUACCCAGUGUGGAGAGUUUGCUAUUUUAAGCAAAUGGCUUAACACAGUAAUUAUUAAAUACACAGAUCUCUUAAUUAGAGAACUUUAUAUACAUCUGAAAGAGACUCUGUUUCGAUCAGUGGGUUUUGUACCAUAAAUAACAUUGUAUAACUACAUAAGAGUCUUUUAAAUUGUAGAUUUGAUUUUAUGCAUGUAUACAUUUAUUUAAAAAACCAGACGUGCUGCUUUGUUUUUCUAUAUUUGUAGGUUUGGAAAAAAUCUUUCUGAUAUGAAUAAUAAAAUGGCUUCCUUUU